CUUAUUUUAUUUUCCUGAUUCAUCGAGAGUAUUUUAUUACUGUGUCUUUAUACGUAAAAUUACAAUUUAAUUAUGGAUAAUAUAGUGUUAUAAGUGAAUCAUGGAAAUGUAGUGCCUUAUUGGAUAAUUUGUGUAGCAAAUUUUUGUGUAAAUCUACUGCAACAUUCUUUGAUGAGGAUGAUCUCAUUGAUGUUCUGACAUUACGUUCUUUUUAGCUAAAUCUUGAUCGUUUUAUUAUUUUACUAUUGGGUCCAAUGACCUUGUAGCUUAAAAAUAAUUUCAUCGAAAUUGAUUUGUGACAAUGAAGAAACAGUUCUAUAGGGUUAAGCAACUUGCCGACCAAACAUUUUCAAGAUCUGGUAAAGCAGAAGGCUUGACAGAUGAGUUACAAACGGCUGAUAGGAAAGUGGAACACCUCAGAAAUGCCUUACAACUUGUCAGCAAGAGGCUGUCGACAGGAGCAGGCAGCACACAGGGUCAGGAUCCUGCAGCUAGAGAGAAAAGACUAAAGAAACUGCCAGAAUACCUUCUUGGGUUGUCUAUGUUGGAGGCCAGCAACUUUGAUGAUGAUGAUAGUAUCUUAAAAUACAUUUUAUAUGAAUGUGGUAAAACAGAAAAACUACUGGCGAAUGAAAUAGCAGAGCAUGAACUAAAAGUAGAACAGUUGGUAUGUGCGCCGUUAACAUCCAUUAGUGACCAGGAUUUGCCAGCUAUCAUGAAAACCAAGAAACAGUUGAGCAGGCUCAUGAGUGAGAAGGAAACGGCGGCCAGUAGAUAUCAUCAUUUAGAGCGUCAAAAAGAAGAAAAUCCAACAAAGUUUAAUGCAGCACGAGAAGAGCUCGAAGAUGUCGGGAUACGUGUUGAGGCCGCCCGAGACGCCCUGGCCGCCGACAUGUUCGCGCUUGUCGCUAAGGAGGCCCAACUGGCACACACACUACUGCAAUACAUCAAACUACAGAGGGCCUACCAUGAAUCCGCCCUCCACUCUCUACAAGACACAGUGCCAGAACUGGAAAGGUUUAUAAAUGAUAGUUCCACAAAGCCGGUGUUUGGGUAUCCUCUAGAAGAGCACUUGCGAGUCACGAGCCGAACUAUCGCCUUCCCAAUAGAGCUGUGUGUCUGCACUCUACACGAGUUGGCCCUCAAUGAGGAAGGACUGUUCAGGAUCGCCGGAGGUUCUUCGAAGGUGAGGAGAAUGAAAUUAUCGUUAGAUGCAGGCUUGUUCAACGUCCCUCUACCGAGAGAUUACAGAGACAUGCAUGUUGUGGCAUCCGUCCUCAAGUGCUACCUCCGAGAGCUGCCCGAGCCCAUACUAACGUACCGCCUUUACGAAACCUUCGUGAAUGCCUCUCGACAGCCCACAGAACAAACUCGACUGAACGCUCUCUGGGAAGCCAUACACCUUCUGCCAGAGGCUAACUUCCAAAAUCUUAGGUACCUCAUCAAGUUUUUGUCCGCUUUGACUCAGAACCAAAGUACGAAUAAAAUGACUCCUUCAAACCUAGCCAUCGUGAUCGCUCCCAACCUGCUGUGGGCAGCUGACGAGAGCACCUUCGACAUGAACAUCACAACAGCCGUCAACUGUAUCGUAGAGUUACUCAUCAAGCACGCUGAUUGGUUCUUCAAAGACGAUCUCAGCUUUUUCAUUUCAUUUACCAAAGAAGAUCUACUUCCAGAUCAAUGCGAGUACGGUUUCACUCCUAAUUUCGUCCACGGAUACAAUCAAACCGCUGCACUUAGUCAGGACGCAGCGAAUGGUGACUACAGUAGCAUGAGUAAAUCUAUGUUUGACUAUAAUCACCAGAGCUUGAGCAAAGUCACAGACGGGUCCGGCCGACACUCGCGGAGCAAUAGUCACGACACUAGUUUAAUAUUGCUGGAGAAUGACAUUAAAAAGGCCCAGUCCAACAGCUCUUUGUCUGAUCAAUCUAGUCCCCCACACGGAAGUCCAAAGCCGAUACUGAGGCGAAAAAACAAACCUCUAGCGCCGGUGCCGCCUAAUUUCACUCCAGACAAAAAUAGAAAGGUCGAACCACAGUCGCAGCCGCAGCCGCAAGCGCCAGAGCCUGCCAAAGAGCAAGCGACCCCGGCAAAGGUGGAAAACGACAAACCGGCAAAACCACCCCGGCCUGUAAUAUCAGAUACCGGUAAGGUUAUAACUGGUGUACAAACAAUUAACCGCUCUACGUACAGACAGAGCAAGGCUCUAAAGGAGGAAGCAGCUCGCUGCGGCAGUCGCGAACACUUGUCUGACACACGGCGGCAGAGUCUCGAACUGGACAAAGAUAAACUCGAUAUUAUAAAAGCACCGGAUGGUCGGGAGUCCACGCUUGUAGUCAAGAAUGUGACGGCACAGACGGGCAUCGUCGGCAGAAUGAAAGUCGUUGGCGACGCGAUGAGUGGGCCCGCGUCGCUGGGCGCGGAGCGGCCGCUGUCGGGAGGAGACAAGCUGGCGCCGCGCGCCGGGCCCGUGCUGAAGCCGGGCGCCGCGCCGCCGCCGCGCCCCGUGGCCGCGCCGCGCACGCUGCUGCCCGCGCCCGAGCCCGAGCCCGACGUCACGCUGCGCCACAAGCCCGCCGUGCCCGAGCGGCCCGCCGCGCUGCGCCCGCAGAGCUUCCGCGCGCUGCGGGCCUCGCUCACCGACGCCGCCGACGUGGCGCCCACCGUGCUCGAGCGCACACACAUCUACACCGUGGACAAGCACCACCCCACCGUCAUCCAGGUGGGGGCCGCGCCGCCGCCCGCCGAGCGGGACGCGGACGACGCGCCGCGAGCCACCGUGCAGCGCACGCACAGCUCGGGCGGACGUGACGGCGACCUGGAGGAGCCGCGCAGCCUGUGCGUGGCCAGCCGCCAGCUGUCGCAGUCGGAGGGGGACAUCACAGACAGCCCGUCCCCGCGCCCGCAGCCAUCCCGGCCGCCGCGCCCCCUCAUGCCGGCGCCGCCGCCGCCCGUGUCCGCGCCCGCAGCGGCCGCAGCAGCCACAGCAGCGCAGGUGGUCCAGCCCGCAGCAGCACCAGCACCUGCCGCUCCCGUGGCGCCUGUUGCUCCGCUGGCAGCUUCCGUCCAAGCGACUGUAACUGCUUCCACGACUGACGUCGCUCAGUCGGGGGAGAGUACUGAUCUUUAGCACCGGACAGUUGUUCCUGUGCCGAUGCCGAGGUUGAAGCGCCGGCGCUAGCGCACUGAGUGCUGAAGUAGUGUUGUGUUCGUGAUGACGGCUCUAUAAUAGAAGCCAGUUAACGCGAUCGUGAUUUAUGAAGUCGCAACGAGACUGAUGUUCGCUUUUUAUUUUCUGCUGGCUCCGCCUGACGGUCGAGUAGAAAAAUGUAAUUGAGAAUCGUUUUUCUUUGCAUCAAAUGAGUAUUAUGUAUUUAUUUUUGUAAAAGUGUAGCAUUAUUAAUAAGAUAACAAGUGAUAAAUUGAAUAAUAUUAUCUAUUACCAAAAUAGAAUUUACAGCUUCUGCAGUAAUACAAGGUCUGACAAUUAACCAUUGACCCCUGGAAUGUUUUCCAAAAAGACAUAUCGGUUGGAUUGUCUAUGUAGCUUUUUUAUGCAGUCUAAUUGUAUUUAAAUAAUGGAGCAUUGCAAACUAGUUUGUACAAUGUGUGAAUGUUGCAAUUAAUACUUGUGAUAUUAGGAAAUUAUAAUCACCACUCCCGGUCAAUGACCAGUAGCGGGAGAAUGCACAAAUGUUAUUGUAACGAACAGCCAUAUUUUAUGAUAUUGUGAUGGUGUUUUUUCAUUGGCUACCAAUCAUUUGGCCAGCGCCGGAAAGUCUGAUAAUUUGCUAGCCAUUAGAAAGCAUAUAACGCUAAGUGGCUGCUAAGACAAGUUAAAUUUUAUUUUUCUAUUCAGAUUAAAUUAUAAAAUAGUCAUGGAGUUGGCCGACUGACUGUUGUCUAAUGGCGAUAUGCCGUCGUGAAUUGUCAAUGCAUUAGAUUAAGUAAUCAACGCAAUGCUGUUUCAAUGACUAUUAUUUUAGCUAUAAGUAUGUUAUGUAGUGUUUACAAUCUUAUGUGAUAUGCAUUUUAUUAUUAUAUACUUCAAGUAUACCGGCUUCUGUUGUAAGUAUUAAUAAAAUAGCCCAAACAUUA